GCAAAGAACUGGCGCAAGCUCCCGGCUCACUCCCUCCCCUGGCCUGAUGGGAAGGGGCCAAAAUGGCGGCGGCCGGCGCUGUGGCUGCUCGGCUGCUCCUACUCUUGCUGAUGGCGGCAGCAGCCCCCAGCCGGGCCCGGGGCAGUGGGUGCCGGUCCGGGGCCGCUCUGCGGGGGGCCGGAGCAGAAGGUCGAGAGGGUGAGGGCUGCGGGACUGUGGGGCUGCAGCUGGAGCACUCAUUCGAGAUCGAUGACAGUGCCCACUUUCGGAAGCGGGGGUCACUCCUCUGGAACCAGCAGGAUGGCACUUUGUCCUUGUCGCAGCGGCAGCUCAAUGAGGAGGAGCGGGGCCGGCUCCGGGAUGUGGCAGCCCUGAAUGGCUUGUACCGUGUCCGGGUCCCUCAGCACCCUGGGGCCCCUGAUGGCCCAGAGACUGGCGGCUACGUCUCCUCUUUUGUCCCCGCGUGCUCCCUGGUAGAGUCGCACCUCUCAGACCAGCUGACGCUGCACGUGGACGUGGCUGGCAACGUGGUGGGCGUGUCAGUGGUGACGCACCCCGGGGGCUGCCGGGGCCACGAAGUGGAAGACGUGGACCUGGAGCUGUUCAACACCUCCGUGCAGCUGCAGCCGCCGGCCACUGCCCCGGGUCCUGAGACUGCAGCCUUCAUUGAGCGCCUGGAGAUGGAGCAGGCCCAGAAGGCCAAGAACCCCCAGGAACAGAAGUCCUUUUUCGCCAAAUAUACAUACAUGCCGGAGCUCAUUCAACCUGGCCUCCACCUACGGACGUCACCGUUUUCACGGAUGCAGGUGUCGCCAGGAUAAAACCCCAGCAGCGGGACAGCCGGCCAAAGGAAGGUGGCAUUUGUAAACGUGAUCCAUGUUGCUGAGUUGCCCUCCAUGGAGCAAACGCCAGUCCCCGUUCCCCCACGGCCUCGCCAACAGAUGGCUUCAACUUCUCCGUGUCGUGAGGCUCUGCAUCUGUCCCAAGAGGGAAGUGGAGUCCGGUAGCACCAUUGCAAUUUUCUGGGAACCGUUCUUGUCCUUUGCUCGAGGGCGGCACUUACGGUUUUGAUUCCUCUGAUGUUGCUGAUGCCUCAAGCCACCCCUGUCUGUUUUCUGGUCCCUCUGGAUUCCUCCUGCAGAGGCCCUUCCUGUGGCCCUUCUCUUCCCUCAGACCUCGCCCCCAGGGGCCAGCCACUCCCCGCUGCUCUGUGACAAGUGGCCUGAGAGUCCCCGGCAGUCCCACGGAUUUGCAGUUCCUCAGUAUUUUGUUCGACUGUGUUGUUGUGUUACACACCUUCCAGCAUUGGGGGUUAUCAUUCCACCCGGUUCUUUGUGUCCUUAAAACAUAAAACAGUG